AUGAGACCAGCACAGUUACUAUUGAAUACAGCCAAAAAAUCAUCUGGUGGCUAUAAAAUACCCGUUGAAUUGACACCGUUAUUUCUCGCUGUCGGUGUAGCUUUAUGUUCUGGGACUUAUUUCACAUAUAAGAAAUUAAGAACCGACGAGACCUUGAGAUUAACAGGCAACCCAGAAUUAUCCAGUUUAGAUGAAGUUCUUGCUAAAGAUAAGGAUUAA